CGACACGCAGGAUCGGAGGGAGAAGGCUCGCGUGAAAUGUUAUCGAGAAUUUUGUCGCCGAAUCGUUGGACGUAGAGUGGAAGAGGAGGAGGAGGAGGAGGAGGAGGAGGAGGAAAUUGAUCGUCGUGGAGUGUGGAAGAAAUUGGAGCGAAAGAAUUUUUAACGAUAUGUGUCGUUGUGCGGCAAGGACGAGGCACGAGAGGUGUACCGAAUCAAUGGUAUCGUCGUAGAGUAGUUGUGUGUACAUUGUAAUCCACGAUAAAUAAACAGACUCGAUUUUAUUACUCGACGACGUAAACGCUACGCGUACGAAAACAGUUGAGGUGGUGUUGGAUAUAUACAAUUCUUAGUAAUCCAAGUGUAAUCGUCUCGCAACAUACGGAUAGAAGACAGAAUAUAACCGCGCGGUGGGACGAUCACAGCCUUCGCAAAAUGGAUUUUGCGAUUCACGUGUCUUGGACAGUCGUUUCGUGCAUCGAUUAAGCGGUAGUGUGUUCACGAGGGAUCUUACUGUUCUUUCUUCGCGAGACGUCCUUUCGUCGGAAAGGAUAAGCGAUAGAAUAAACGAUAAUCCUAUUAAUCCGGGAUCACGCUUUUGGAUUUUCUUUCACAAUGGAUUCCCAACAACUCGUCGAUACUGCGUCGCAAAACAGCCAGGACAUCGUCCUGCCGAAACCGGCGAGCAGCACACCCAGGCACAGCAUCGACGCGAUCCUCGGACUGGCGAACAAUAAAAGGAGUCAUCAGGAAAUGGAGGAUAACGGUCGAGACGCGCAGGAAAACACAGGUGAGAACAGCUGCAACUCCACCGGCGGUGGCAGCGACGAGGAACUCGGGGCAGGCUGCGGGGACGAUUUGAACGGGAACAGCGGGAAGAAGAAGCAUCGCCGAAACAGGACGACCUUCACCACCUACCAGCUGCACGAGCUCGAGAGAGCCUUCGAGAAGUCUCAUUAUCCGGACGUGUACUCCAGGGAGGAGCUCGCUAUGAAAGUCAAUCUUCCGGAAGUGCGCGUCCAGGUGUGGUUUCAGAAUAGGCGGGCAAAAUGGCGCAGACAGGAGAAGAUGGAAGCAGCGAGACUCGGCCUGAGCGAGUAUCAUCAUCCCGGCAACAUGAGAAACGUGGCUGGGCCGGCUUUGGGUUUGCCGGGAGAUCCUUGGCUCACUCCACCGGGUCUGUUAAGCGCUCUUCCCGGCUUUCUCGCUGCACCUCACACGGGUUAUCCCAGUUAUCUAACGUCCCCCAGACGAUUGCCGUCGCCGCCCAAUGUUGGGGCUGUUGGAAGCGCAGUACCAGGUGGGCUGAGCGCAGGAAUGACGAGCAUAGGGAGCGGAGGGCACGUGGCAGCGGCGCCACCGAGUCCGCCUGGUCACGAUCCGCGCACCACGAGCAUCCAGGCUCUGAGAAUGCGGGCCAAGGAGCACGUCGAGAGCAUCACCAAAGGAUUGCAAAUGGUCUGAAGUUUAACGUACGACCCAGGAAGAGAGUAUCAACCCGAUCACGGCCGAGCCGUGGCCACGCUUUUAACACCGCGGGCGUGACGAGAAGCGAAACUACCACUCUCCCCUAGAACAACUAGAUCCUUCGAGAAACUGGAGAAACUGGCCGGUGACGGGCAGACGGAUCGACAAACACGUUCCCUCGUCCCUGUUCCCGCGGUGAAACGACUGGUGAACCGAUCGUUUUCCAUUCCACCACCGUUGUUGGAAACCGUUUUAUCGGUUAUCGAACAACAUGCCGAGAAGCACGAGGCCGAGACUUUCCUCCGCUGGACGAGGAAAGGGACGAUUAUUACGCGUUCGACUAUUAAUUCCCAGUGGUAAUAAAUGGGGAACGAGAGGAGAGGAGGGAGGUUUAGUCGUUGGCCUUUAUCAUCGACUGAAUCAAAUUUGUCGUAUCGUUGUUUGACGAAGGGACGAAGGAACCGUGCGUUCGUUCUCUUGUGAUCGAGAGAAGAGGCGAGAAAAGAAAGAGGAGAGAGAGUUUGAUCGCUCUGAUCGGUGAUCGAGAAAUCGAGAUCCGAGAUUCCCAGUUUUUCGGUUUUGGUGGUCAGUUUUUUCGGUCGAACUAGUUCAGGAUAACAAUAGUGCAAUAAAGACGAGACGAGAAAGAGACAUUUUUUCGUAGUGCGUUCGUACGGACGGAGAGUAGCUGUUAAGAUCCAAAGACGAUUCCUUCCGGUUAGAACUGCGAAGGAUCCUCCAUAACCUCCUGAACGAUACAGCUCAGUAAGUAAUAUAUUACGUAUAGUUUUAAACAAGGUUUCGAAGCGUCGCGAGGACCGACGCCCCGUCGAACCUGUUAUUACCGGAUAAAGAUUUUUAUUUUGCGAAGAAGCGACCGACGAUCCGGACGAAUGUUGAAACCACUCGUGCGAAUUUUUCUAAGUUAAAAGCCACAACACGAGUUAAGAGUGAAGAGUGCACGGUGUGCUUUCGGCCUCGAAAUCAGAACAGACGGUAUUCAAAUUCGGGACGCGAUUUUUAACUGUUCGAUAACGCGAUAUAUUCGUAUUUCUAGAUUUAACGAACGAAGAAUUCGAAUCGAAAGCAAGACAAUCUUCUCGAUCGUCAUAAUUUUUAAAUCGAAUUGUCGCGUUACCGAAGGGAAAGUUGACAUCGUGGGGAAACGAGUCGAUCCAAAAUAUUUAAAAUCCUUUCAAUCUCUUCUUCGCACUCUUAACACGAUCAACAACACCAACGCUGUCAUUGAGACACCGA